AUUUCCGGGUUUCAGGACGGAAAUGGCGUUUCCAUGGUAUUCGAAGAAAAGCCCGCAAAGCAAACACGGCCUUUGGCUUAAGCUAGCUAAUGAACUAGACGACGUUGACGGCUCAAUACUUUGUCCAACCCGUAAAAAAAAGGGAGGACUAGAUAGCUAGAUUGGGAAGAUCAUGAUGAAGCUGAACCUGUCUUGUAUUCUCAUCUCAAAGUGACUCCAGUCCCAUCUGUUCAGUUUGGCUACCAGCAGAUUUAGGACUGAAGGGCUCUCUGCCUGGAUGACAAGCACACAGCCUACGUCCCUGAACACUGGUGAAAUUGCACAGGAACGAAGAAGAUGGAAGGACCUCUGAGUAGUUUAUUUUUUUUAACAGAACAUGGAAUUUGACUGUAAUUAGGAGUUGAAUGAAUGUUUUUUUAAUACUAAAUGAAGAUUUAAAGGCAUCUAAACAUCAGUGGAUUGUGGAAACCAAAGUAAAGCUGGUUACCAGGCUCAAGGUGGGGAGACGGGUAGCCUGAAGGGCUAGCAACCACAAGGUCGACGGACUGAAAUCCAAAGCCCUAUACCGGAGACGGAGAAGCUAGAGGCUGUGAACGUGUGAAGUUCAUCCCAGCUGUGUGCAGGUGUUCCUGGGCUAUGUAGCCAGACUUACCCCCUAGCAUGCUCCAGACCAACAACUACUCGCUGGUCCUUCUGGUCCAGCUGGGUCUGCUGACCUAUGACCUGUUCGUCAACUCCUUCAGCGAGCUGCUCAGGGCAGCGCCCGUCAUCCAGCUAGUGCUGUUCAUUAUCCAGGAUAUAGCCAUCCUGUUCAACGUGAUCAUCAUUCUGCUGAUGAUGUUCAACACGUACGUGUUCCAGGUCGGUCUGGUCUCUCUGCUACUGGAGAGGUUUAAAGGCUUGCUGGUGCUGUCUGCCAUCUACCUCACCCUCAGCAUCUCCUUUCACUGCUGGGUAGUGAACCUGAGAUGGCUGGAAUCGAAUCGUUUCAUCUGGACGAACGGCCUGCGUGUCCUCUUCGUCUUCCAGAGGGUUGCUGCAGUGUUGUAUUUCUACGUUUACAAACGAACAGCAGAGUGUCUGGGCGACCCGCGGCUGUAUCAGGACUCUGUCUGGCUGAGGGAUGCCUUCGUCAGAGCUCGUCAGUGAGGAGGAGGAAACGGAAGGAACGAUUACACCCCCCCCCCCCCAAGGACUUAUUACCAGGCGAGGCCUGCCAGGCUCUGUGGUGACUCACUUGCCUGAGUGAGCCAUGUUCGUUAGGCAUGAAACUGAAACAGGGAGGGACUCCCUGGCCUUGUCCAAUAAGAAAGGACUAUUAAACUGAAACAGGGAGGGACUCCCUGUCCUUGUCCAAUAAGAAAUGACCAUUAAACUGAAACAGGGAGGGACUCCCUGGCCUUGUCCAAUAAGAAAUGACUAUUAAACUGAAACAGGGAGGGACUCCCUGGCCUUGUCCAAUAAGAAAUGACCAUUAAACUGAAACAGGGAGGGACUCCCUGUCCUUGUCCAAUAAGAAAUGACCAUUAUUGUGAGAAACUGCAAUGGGUUUGUACAGCAGGAUGGAUCAAGUCAAUGUACCACACUACACGAAUAUGGACUAAUGUUGUAACAAGUAUACAAGACACUAAAGGACAAUCUGAGGCAGAUAUUUUUUUUUAAACGGUACAUUCAUAAUGACAGCUAUUAAUUUAGUGUUUUUACUAAAGAUGGAAUAAAUAUAGCAUCCCAAAUUGCACCCUAUUCCCUAAUAUAGUGCACUAAAUCGGGAAUGUAAUGCAAUUUGGGAUGCACGCCUGGUUCUGUGAACAACAGUGUAUAAGAGUUGUUACUGGUUCCCUCUCAGGUGAGAGAGGGGAAGUCCUGGGGCUCGACUCAAUCCAGUCUGUGUUGUAGCAUCAAGGUCAUUUCCUGUUGGGAGCAACGUUUACCGUGAAGGAAAGUCUACGCUAUAAUGCUGAUCUUCUGCACUACACAUUGAAUGGAGCCUCUGGUUCAGUUUGUCCUGUAGAUAAGAUGUGCUGUUUACAAAGUUGAUGGAUAUUUGUUUUCAAAGUUCAAAUUUUCAAUCUAUCACUUUUUAUAUAUUUUUUAUUUUAUUUAAAAAAAAUGCCGGUUCUCUGUGGAUUUUGUUUUCUUUCUUAACUCAUCUGAAUUUGAAAUGGUCAAACCAUAAAGGAAGUAACCCCACUUACUAAGACGAUAACAUAAUUUAACUACAGAAUAGCUCGCCUGAAAUCCAGACCUGUGUUAACAUUCCACUCUUGUGUCCAUAUGACCCUUUUACUCAAUACUUUGUUGAAGCACCUUUGGCAGUGAUUACAGCCUCGAGUCGUCUUGGGUAUGACGCCACAAGCUUGGCACACCUGUAUUUGGGGAGUUUCUCCUAUUCUUCUCUGCAGAGUGGAAUGUUAGCAUAAAACAGAUCUGGAUUUCAGCCUAUAAAAUACCAGGCUGAUCAUCCAGCACCGGGCUAGAGAGUGAGGAAUAAUAUUUUCCCUCCAAAGAUUCAUCUGGGUUUUAAGGCACCACUUCUCACAGAAUAGCCUCCACAAAUAGGUCCCAGUGCUCUGAAAUGUAAUUCACCCCCCCCCUGGGCCUUAUAUACUGCUGUAUGUUACAUUUAGAAAGACAGAUCUGUAACCUGUGGUUCUCAGCCUCUUGUGGUCUGUUGAAGGUACAGCCAGUGGCCUUACAGUUAGGAUCUAGGCCUGACCAGUCACCUCUGUCCGGCUCUCCUCCGUGACCCGGAACUAGAUAAGUGAUCGAGGAGUGUCAAGUCAGUUGGUGAAUGUGACCCGGAAAUAGAUAAGUGAUCGAGGAGUGUCAGUCAGUAGGUGAAUGUGACCCAUCCUCUGUCCGGCUCUGCUCCGUGACCCGGAACUAGAUAAGUGAUCGAGGAGUGUCAAGUCAGUUGGUGAAUGUGACCCGGAAAUAGAUAAGUGAUCGAUGAGUGUCAGUCAGUAGGUGAAUGUGACCCAUCCUCUGUCCGGCUCUGCUCCGUGACCCGGAACUAGAUAAGUGAUCGAGGAGUGUCAAGUCAGUUGGUGAAUGUGACCCGGAAAUAGAUAAGUGAUCGAGGAGUGUCAGUCAGUAGGUGAAUGUGACCCAUCCUCUGUCCGGCUCUGCUCCGUGACCCGGAACUAGAUAAGUGAUCGAGGAGUGUCAAGUCAGUUGGUGAAUGUGACCCGGAAAUAGAUAAGUGAUCGAUGAGUGUCAAGUCAGUAGGUGAAUGUAAAGGUCCUCCCCUCAAGAGUAUAGUCGUGUCCUUCACAGUGGAUUCAAAACUUCU